GAACCAAACUGCCUGCACCGGCCGCCGCAGCAGCCCCGCGGUCCCGGGGGUGCCGAGGGCUCAGUUUCAGACCCCAGCCCCCGGUGCCACGAGUGCUGCGGCUGCCGUGUCUCUUUUCCCAAAGCCCCGGGGAACAUCCGCCCUCCGGGAGACGAUGCUCAAGGUAUAAGGAACACCAUUUUCUGGAACAUCUGAAUUGUAAGUUCAAGCUUGAGUAACCGACGACCGUCAAGGGGCAAACAUGUUUGACUCCGCAAGUGAACAGGAGUUUUUCGAAGAAAAAACCACGGAGGAGAUCUCCCAACUCGCUUCCCUGGCACUGUCAGGUGACACAGUAGCCAGCGAAAGAAACUCAGUUGGUUUACCCGAAAAAACUGGCUAUCCGGACUCCGUUUACAUUAUGGCAGCGAACAUUUUUCAGGGCAUUCGAUCCGAAAAGUCACCAGAGAAAGCCUUAAUAAAGUACGGGAGUGAACCCCUGCGGUCCUCCACCGAGUCUGAGGAUGAAUUCUUACAGCGUUUGUCCUACGAGCUGGCUUUUAGUGCCCUGAAGUAUCAAGAUAUUUUGGAAACUAUGUUAAUAGAUAGCUGUAUUUUCCCAAGUACCACAAUACCAGAUCAUUUGAAUAGUCUUAUCAUUGUGAUGCUGUAUGAUUUCCAAGAUAGAAAAUUUCAAGCACGUCUCCUUUCUGAUAAUGAAGAGUUUAUAGCGGAAGUUCUAGAAGUAGAGAACCUUCUUAACAGUUAUAAGACAAAAUUGGCUGCAGCAUUGGCAAGAUGUCGAAUCAAACAUGAUGCCCUUUCAAUUUACCACAUUCUUCCAGAAACAGUUAGGAACCAGGAAUUAAGGGCCUCCACUUUGCCACUUUAUGCUUGGAUAAAUACUUGUAAAAUCAGCCUUGAAGAAGUUUAUAAUAGUUUGAAGAAAAGAGGCUAUAAUAAAGUCAAAUCUGUAUUGCAUAUUGAUAAUAAAGUCUUUGCUGUGGAUCAACAUUGCUAUGAUGUCUUAAUUUUUCCAUCUCAUCUUAAAAAUGAUCUUCUAAAUAUAGAUCUUUUCAAAGAUUUUAAACUUAUAUUUCAGGACAAAUCUCGAAGUCUCGCUGUCCAUUCUGUAAAGGCUUUAUUAAAUAUGGAUGAUGAUAUCUUAAUGGUCAAUACGGGUUCAUGGUACACAGUUGCCCAUAUGUCAAUCUUAACAAAUAAUAAUACCUCAAAAAUAUUUGUAUGUGGGGUACAAUCACAAGCUAAGGAUCCUGACCUGAAGAAGCUUUUCACAAAAAUGGGAUGUAAAAAUAUUGAAAUCCUUCAUGAGACGUUUAUUAACCUUGAAUCAAAGGAUCAUAGAUUACAGAAAGUUAAAGUAAUUCUACUGCUCCCUCGUUGUUCAGGACUGGGUGUUAGUAAUCCAGUAGAAUUUAUUUUAAAUGAGCAUGAAGAUACAGGUUUACUUAAAGAUUUCUCUCAAGGAGGCACAUCAGAAGAUAAACUUCAUGUUCUUGCUCAACAGCAAUAUGAACAGCUAACACAUGCAAUGAAAUUUACUAGAGCUCAAGCAGUUGUUUAUUGCACGUGUUCAGUUUAUCCAGAAGAAAAUGAAACUGUUGUUAAGAAGGCACUGGAAUUUCAAGACCCUGGGAGUAAAGUACAACCCUAUAGGCUUAGUCCUCCUGUCCUUCCACUGUGCUCCUUAAUGGAAAUACAUUUGUCCACUGACAAAUUUUUCAGAAUGGAACCAUCUGAAAUUACCAAUGGUUGUUUUCUUUCUGUUCUAACAAGGGAGCGGGACCCAUCUGAGACAGUGUCUGUGAAAGAUGUUUUGGCCCGUGCUGCAGCGAAGGGUCUACUGGAUGGGAUUGAGUUGGGUAAACCUUCAAAACGGGAGAAGAAGAAGAAGAAGUCAAAAACGUCAUUGCCAAAAGCUUCCACAGAUAAUAACAUCAUCCAAAUGAAAAUUGCUGAGUUCCUGAGUCGAGAAGCUAACGCAAAUGUUAACCGGUCAGAGACAUUAACAACAAAAACAUCUCUUCCACAGAAAAAUGCAGAUCAAGUGGGUUCCUCCUCACAGGUCAGAAAAUCCAACAAGCCUGCCAGCAAUCCUUUAGUGCCUACAUUUAUGAAGAAUACACCUCGAACCAGACUAUAUGAACGGCCGACAAACUUUGUAAGACCUCGCCCAGAAGACAGAAUGAUUGCACUGAAACCCGUAGAGAUUGUUUUGCCUCCAGUAAUGUUGCCAUUUUCCAGUUCCCAAGGGAUCAGAUCUCACAUACCAACUCAGCAUUUUUACUGUCAUUGUAUUGGACCGAAGACCGUUGUACCCAGCUAUCUUCCCACACCAUCAAUACCCAGAAGAGGGGAAAAGCGUAAAGAAAACUUACCUUCCUCUCUACCCAGGCAUCCUCGACCAUCUUUGACAUCUUGUGUUUUUUUACAGGGGUCAAGAGUAGUUUUUUCAAAGUGUGAUAUUCCUCUGAAGAUUAGACAUCCUUACACAAAACACUCAUCCUUUUAGUCACUUAGUAUCUUCUAAAUGUGAUUAUUACCUUCAAGAGAAUUGAGACCAGUGAGCAUAACGUAGGUGAAUUAAGGCAGAAUUCAGAGAUUUCAGCAGCUGAGUGCUGAUCUGCUUUGGAAUGUCUAGUUGUAGACUUGGUAUCAGCUGUUAGAAUUUGUUUCACUCUUAACUCUCAGUCUGAUUUUAGGACACCAGUUUUUUGAAAACGCUGCAACAAUUUUUCCUGAAGGGAAAUACUGUCUGCUUUAUAACAGACUUCUUUUCGAAGUUAAUUUGCGAGGCAGUUUAUUAGAAAGCAUAUAGAAAAGAUGCUCUCCAGUACUGAGUCGUCUGUAGCUUAAUAUGUUCAGUUAUUAUCAAGGUUGAUUUUUCCCUUAAACAUCAAAACAGCCUUUAACAGGGGAUAUUGUGAGCUUUUGUGACAUGACUGAGUUGAGUAUGAGUAGGAAGAGCAGGAAGGUCCAAAGUUGGAGGUGUGGGUAGGUCACAUGUCCGUUCAGAAUGAAAACUUUCUCACUGGAAGAGCUUCCAGGAUCCUGAACUUAUGAAUGAACGUUAAGAUCUCCCUUCUGACUGUUUAUGCCAAAUACUGUUUUAAUAAAGUGACUGUAAGCAAAUUUCCAUCUAAAUAGUAAUUCUGAGGAAGAGGCAAAUCUGUCAAAUACAAGUGACACUGUUACUGUUGAGGCAUUUAUAUAAAUUUCCAAUUCAAAGAUCAGGUCAUUUCAGAUGGCACACAGUAAUCAAAUUUGGUAAAUCAUUUCGGACACAAUUAAAAUAUAUUGUAGAAUUACUUUAAUUACAUUAAAGGUCAUUCAUCUAGACCAUAUUAUCAGUUGCCUUCCAAGAACUAGUUAUAGUUAUCAUUUCUGAGUCUGUUGAUUUUUUUGGUUUUCAUCAUGGCAACAGAAAUUGACAUUAAAUCAAAUAAGUUACACCUACAAAUCCUACUGUUUAAAAUUUUUUUCAUAGACACAUCCAUAAAGUUUGAAUUUAAAGUUCUGUUUUCAAAUCCAAUUGUGUUGAAUAGUGUUAAUGUAAAUUCCUAAGUUUCAAUUCAGAUGGCAUGAUUUUAGUAGAAUAUCAUGCUCUUCAAUUUGAAUAUUCAGGUCUAUUUCAACCCUAAAUAGUCAAUAGUUUUCUCAUUUGAACUGAGGACAAAAAAUGGUAAAUUACAUUUUAGUAGUAAUUUUUUUAGGUGAAGUUUUAUACUUAUCAGUAAAAUGUGUCAGCGAAGAAAGGAAACAUGACUUUUUAUACUUGAACCAGACAUUAUCUUUAAAUCCCAAUUCUCAUGUUAAUUAUGACUCUUAAAAAGUAUAGAAAUGUUUUAAAUGCUCAGCUUAUUUUACCAAUUUCAAAAAUCAAAAACUAUAUGAUCUUUGCUCUAAAAAUUGUAGUAUGGUUUCCUCCUACUCCUACUCUCUGGCUUAGACUAUUCCAUGCCUCCGGGAGGCCACUGCAGCUGAACGGAACUUUAGUAAAGAUUCCUGGUUACUUUUUCCCUUCUGGGAACCUUUUCUCUUUCCUGCCCUCUUCCCUCUGCCCCAGGCUAAAGAGUAUUCCAUUGUCCAAAAGUAGCAGGUCUGAGGUUUUUAUUUUCUAUGAUAAGUUAUAAAAAGAAGACUUGCUCUGUUAUGAACUAGUUCAGGGUAUUUUUCUGAUCUCUGUAGCAGCAUGUGGUUCAUGUCAAGUCACAAUUUUAGCCACUUCAGUAUCUUGUAACAUGAAUACUGUCACUAAAUUACUUUUCUCUUUAAUAGUAAGUAUAUGGAGAUUCUG